AUGAAGUUCCUCACCCAAAUCCUCCUGUUCCUUUCCUGCGUCCUGGUUCUGGUCGGGACUGUUCAAGGGCAAAUGAUGGAAGAACCCGAACCUGUCGACGAAAGCAUGGAACCAGAGAUGGAAAAGAUGCUGAAGGAACCCGAACUCGACGAAGAACCCGGAGAGAGGCAGAUGGGCAAGCGCCGCGGAGGCUAUGGCUACGGUUACGGCUAUCCUUACUACGGGGUCGGUUAUGGCUACCCGUACUACGGCUAUGGAUACCCCGGUUACUACGGAUACGGCCACAGGCGCUGGGGCCUCCGCCACUAUUGGUAA